GCUUCCGGCGUCGCUGUGUCCGCUGCAGGAAUUUACAGGAAUAUGAGUUGGUCCCAAGAAAAGUGUGAAUUGCAUACGAGUGCCAUCCAUCAGUCACAGUUAUACCUUACCUGGGUGGCUACCUGGAACUAUUUCAUCCUCUCGGUUAAUGACUCAUUACAUUCAUCGAGUAUGCACCCAGCAGACACUCGAAGGGGAAGGUGAAGAGCCAGAGGUGGUGGUGCAUGUCGGCAGUAAUGACAUCGGGAAGAAAAGGAGGGGCGUCCUACAGCGGGACUUCACAGAACUCAGAAGAAGCAGGACUUCGAGGGUGGUUGUCUCCGGUUUGCUUCCAGUUCCAUGGGCCGGAGAGGGCAGGAACAGAGAGAUAAUGGACUUGAACAUGUGGCUGAGGGACUGGUGCCGGAAGCAAGGAUUUAAAUUCUUGGAUCACUGGGGCAUUAGAUCAGUAUGAAGAGGAGGUCACAAGUGGGGUUAAUUCACACACUGCAUUUGGCAUUGUGGAGGAAACUUGGCUUGCAGUGUAAAUUCCAAAGUAGUAGACGACCUACUACUCCUCUUGGCUCCCGGAUUUUAUCUGAUCCCAGCAAAGUAUUUGAACAUAAUAUGUGGGAUCACAUUCAGUGGACACCUGAACAGGAACAGCUUGCUAGACUAAAGGCUGAAGAAAAUUCCAGCAUUAAAGUUUCGUUGGAAGACCAAGUUAAAUAUGACAAAGAUGCCAGUGUCUACUGGGACAAAUUCUACAGAGCUCAUCAAAAUAAAUUCUUCAAAGAUCGUAGAUGGUUGUUACAGGAGUUUCCCGAACUGUUUCCAAAUAGAGCAUUCAAUUGGAAUGAAGAGGUCAAGGAAUCACCAAGUAAUUCUGCAAGUCCGGAUCAAGCAAAGUUGGAUCCUUUUAAUAAGACAUGUGCUAAACAAAAUUUCGCUGAUACUGUACAGAAAUCAAAUCUUGUAGAACAAACAAAGAAUGGCAAAAACGUGGAACAUGAGCAUGACAGGAAGAGGACAGACAUGUGGAAAAGUUCAGAAUAUUUUCCUGGUAUUGAUUUCGCUUUCAGAAUUUUUGAGGUUGGAUGUGGUGCUGGGAACAGUGCUUUUCCUGUUCUGGGUGAAAUUUGCUUCAACAAAAUAUGGACGUAUAGCAAGCCCAGCAACCCCAGAGCAUUCCUUUAUUGCUGUGACUUCUCAGAGAGUGCAGUGGAGCUGGUGAAGUCUCACCGUUUGUAUGACCCAUCCCGAUGUUAUGCCUUUGUUCACGAUCUGUGUAAUGAAGCAGGAGCCACCUACCCAUUUCCAGAUGCAAGUAUUGAUGUCAUUCUUCUUGUAUUUGUGCUUUCUUCUAUUCACCCAAAGAGAAUGCAGGAUGUCGUAAAUCAACUAAGCAAAUUGCUUAAACCUGGAGGGAUGAUAUUAUUUCGGGAUUAUGGCAGAUAUGAUAUGACUCAACUGCGAUUAAAGAAAGGUCGCUGCUUAUUUGGAAACUUCUAUGUUCGGGGAGAUGGUACAUGUGUUUACUUCUUCACAAAAGAAGAAAUUUCAAAUAUAUUCAUCUCAGCUGGAUUGAAGGAGGUUCAAAACUUAAUGGAUCGCCGACUCCAAGUAAACCGCAAAAAAAGAAUUGCAAUGCAUCGUGUUUGGGUGCAAUGCAAAUACCUAAAGCCCCCUGUAAAGUGUUGUUAAGAUGGAAGAUAUUUAUUUUUGCAUCUCUCUUAAACAGUGUUGCUGCACUUGGAAAAGUUUUAUUACUGUAUGCUGUUAGUUUCCUUUUGUUCCUUGAAUGUAUAGGCAUAUUUUUUCCUUUCCUUUUUCACAAUCCAAUUUUACUUUUAUGUA